GAAGAUCAAGAUAGUCUUCGGAAUGUCUCAGAUAUUCCUCAGAAUUCUGUUCUCUGUGGAACCUCUGAACUCUUUCAUUGAGAAGAGACAUGUGAACUCUAGACUGACUCUGGCUAUAACCAGCCAUAAAGUGUGUGAGGCUGAUCUGAGAUCAGGAGCGAGGGACAUCAGUGCUGUCCGACCACAUUCCAGCGGACUGGAAGAACAGCAGAAUUCCUGCCAGAAACACUUCAGUCGCGUCCGGAGGCACAGAGAGCACACACACCAACAUGCACAGGAAAGCUCAGUAUCAGCGGAGAGGUGUGUCUCCCUGUGCUGCGGAGCGCUGUGUGUCCCGGGACUCGAUGGAGGACUACUGGAGUGAGAUGAAGAGCAUCGAGGAGGAGCGUCAGGGAGCAGCGGAGGAGCAGACGGAGCGGAGCAGCAUGGAUGAGGCGGAGCUUGAGGAGGCGUGGCUGCAGGAGGCGGGGCUCUCCACACUGGUGACAGGAACACAGAGUGAUGGUCCGGCGGAGGCUCUUCUCUCCACGCUCACACACUCACAGGCCGCUAUGGUGAAGAAACGACUGGACAACUACACGCAGACGCUGCGCAAGAGGAACAAGCAGCCCACGAGACACGUGCGAGACGUCUUCUCCACACCCGACGCCUCGUCUGAACUCACUCCUCCGGUUUCUCCAAACGGACGGAUCGCUCUCAAACUGCCGCAGUGGAAUUCACCGAAAGUUCCUGCGGACAGCAGCUCUUCAGAGACCAUCCUUCUGUCGUUGGACGUGCCGUAUUCAGAAGCGGCUCGAGCUCAUCGAAGAGACCGUGAAUGCCAAGACUGCAGGAGGAUCUGUAAAGAGGACAGGGAUUUACCGAGAUUUCAGAUCGUGAGGCCCAGACAGGGCUUGACACGGGUGAGCGAUCUGUCGUCUGAGGACAUCAAGAAGAUCAGCUGCAUCUCCCUGAUCGAGCUGACCACCUUCUACGACUUCCUGGGCAUCGAGAUGAAGAGGAGCCGCGUGGUGCGCAGUAAAGCACGAGACAGCGGGAUAUUCGGCGUUCCUCUCAAUACGUUGCUGGAAAACGACCAGAAGAAAUACCCCGGUUCCAGAGUUCCUCUGGUUUUCAAGAAGUUGUUGUCUAAACUGGAGCAGACGGGCUUACAGACGGAGGGGAUCCUCAGGGUCCCAGGAUCAGCGGCCAGAGUGAAGCAUCUGCGUCAGGAGCUGGAGCUGAAGUUCUACGAGGAUCGUUUCGACUGGGAUCAGGUGCGGCAGAACGACGCGGCCGGUCUGUUGAAGAUGUUCAUCCGUGAGCUGCCGUAUCCUCUGCUGACCACACAGCACCUGCCGGCGUUCACAGCCGCUCAGAGUAUCUCAUCACUCAAACAUCAGAUCCAAGCUCUUCAUCUUCUCAUCAUGCUGCUUCCUGAAGCCAACAGAGACACACUGAAGGCUCUUCUGGAGUUCCUCAGGAAGGUGGUGGCGUACGAGGAGAAGAACCGCAUGAGUCUGUGGAACGUCUCUAUGAUCGUGGCACCGAACCUCUUCACGUUCCGCGGGAAGAACGUCAAGCAGGAGGAGAUGCUGAGUGCGGUCGCUUCGGCCCAGCUCGUGCGGAUCCUCAUUACCCAUCAGGACCUGCUGUGGACGGUCCCGUGUUUUCUGAUCUCACAUGUCCGGAAAAUGAACGAAGCCGCCGCGGGCAAGAAAACACCGACUUCAGAGAAGAGCAAACGCAGGCUACUGAAGAGAUGGAACAUGGAGAAAGAGCGCGAGCGCAGUGAAGUCACUGACCUUCACGACGGGGUCAUCAGAGUUCACGCGCCGCUCCACGCCAAGGUUUCCAUGGCGAUUCAGCUGAACGCCGAGAUGAAGGCCAGAGACAUAAUGGCGCGCUUCGACGUCGAGAACGGACACAGCAUCAGAAGACAGAGACAGCAUCUGUUCGAGACCGGAGGAAACAUCGGCGAGCGCUGCCUGGAUCCAGACGCACAUUUACUAGACGUUUACCGCGUUAACCCUCACUGUGAAUGGGUGUUAAAGUCACGGGCGACCUGAAGGUGUUACACAGAAGACCAUCAGCUGAUCAGAGGUCAGAGGUCAAACUGGUCAAUGCUGGUCAUUGAGAUUUUUUGGUGCCAAAACGGUGACCUCCUCGAUCAGAAGCCCUCGUCAGGACGCAUGCUUCAGCGCUUCAAACCACUGGCCAGUGUAAAACACAGCAUGUACAUAAUAUUUAUACCACUAAUUUAUCCCACUGUAUCAUAAUGAUUGAGUAUUGUUUGUAUACGCUGCAUGUUUGUGAUGAAGCCGUGUGAACCUGAACACUACAGACCCUCACUGAUCCUCUGAAGAACAUCAGCGCACAUAUUUCACACGCAAAUCACAAGAUUAUACAGACAUUUAAAUUACGUUAUUUUCAUGAAGAAAAAAAAAUUGCCCCAAAAUUUAUUUGACUCUUUUCAUGUAUUACAUUUCUUUUGUAUUAUAUAAAUAAGUACAUACAGUAUGUGUGUGUGUAUGUAUCACACACACACACACACACACACACACACACAGACACACACACACACACACACAGACACACACACACAAACACACACACACACACACACAUAUAUAUAUAUACCAUAAGCAAAGCUAAAUGAAUUUUUGCCACUGGGUUUGGGUGUGAAAUACGAGCUGGAUGUGUUCUUGUGAGAUUCAUCAGCACGGGUCAAUAUUACCUCUAAUUAUUAAACCAGAUAAAUAUUAACGCCAGCGUCAUCAAGCACUAACUGGAUUAAUGAAGGACUCGAACGAGAAUCCAGAAACAUUACAGUUCAUGAACUACAGAAAUAAAGCCACACAAAUGAAGACAGAAGAUCAUUCAGAAGCCAAUGACCUUUGACCUUUCACUAGAUGAGAGAUGUGUAUCAUAUUCUCAGUGUCUGCCAUCAUCAUCAUCAUCAUCAUCAUCCUCGUUCUUUUCGAUGCUCUGAAUUUAAAUUUUGUUAGUUUUUUUUUACUUGAAAAGCAAUUUUUUUAUGUGCGAUACCAGUUAAUUUUUAUUUUUUUAUUCAUUUUUUAUACAAGGUGUUUUUGCUGUUUGUGUUGCAGAUCAUUUAUUGUGCUCAUGAUGAAUGUGUUGGGGUUUUAUUAUAAUGCUGAGCGUUACAUUGAAGCAUUUUACAGUUAACUACAGCCAUCAGAACAUUACUCUGUAACCUUGUUGGCAUGUAGUGUUUUGGUUCCUAACAUGAAGUCUGUGAGUAUUACGAAGAACAUGUCAGACUUCAUCUCAUGAGAAGACAUGAUGUAACCAUGGGUGAAAUCUAACCUGAUUAAAACACAAGAAACCA